AUGAAACGGCAAGCAGUCAACAAUCAAAAGAAUUAUGUGAGUUUUCCCCGAGACAAGCGUUUAGAUUCCAUUAAAAAAUUUCCAAGUAAAAUAUACAAUUCCCAAACCGAUUCCAUUGAGUUUUUACAAUUUGAUAUCGAAUACGUCACUCGCUUAGUUGAGAAAUCCGAGCGAGUACGUCCCGACCCACAGAGUGAUGGAUUUGAAGAGCCUGUGUUAUACAUGUAUGGGUGCACCUCUUCUGGUGAUUCUGUAUUAGCCCGAGUCACUGGGUUCAAGCCGUAUUUUUACAUAUCCGUCGACCAUUUAUACACUGAGUCCGAAUUGAAUGACCUCAAAGUCUCAAUGAAUAAAGCGCUCCACGUGGACGUCCAAGGAAAUACCGAUGAUGAUCAAUAUGUCUUAUCAGUCGAAGGUGUUACCCAAUAUCACUCCAUCAUGAAUUACACAGCGUACAAGGACGAUUUCUUCGUUAAAAUAACACUCCGUAUUCCUAAGUACGUUCCCAUGCUUCGACAUCUCCUCAACGACACCACUCGCGUUUCAAAUCGCCAAUUCCAGACCUUCGAGGCGGACAUUCUCUUUGUCCUGAGGUACAUGAUAGAUGCUGGGAUAGUCGGGUGUAGUUGGGUUAAAGCUCCUCCAAAAAGGUACGUUAUAAUUCCGGACUCCAAUCGAAUUUCGAGAUGUCAAUUAGAGAUCUCCUUAGAUUAUCGAGAUCUGGUCAAUCUAGGCUUUACUGGGGAGUACACUCGUAUGGCGCCGUUACGCAUCUGUUCCUUUGAUAUCGAGUGUGUGUCUGCGAAGGGGACUUUUCCAGUGCCUGAGAAAGAUUCCGUGAUUCAAAUUGCCAAUUACGUUGUUGAGCUUGGGAGUGAGAAAGUCAUUAAUAAGAACGUCUUUGUACUAAAGGGGUGUACACCCAUACCAGGCGCGACGAUCUUUGGAUUUGAUACUGAGGAGGAAUUAUUGAAAGGGUGGUCUGACUUUGUGAAUGAUAUUGACGUCGACAUCUUCACUGGGUAUAAUAUCAUGAACUUUGAUUUUAACUAUUUAAUUACACGGGCGAACACGUUGAAGGUCAAGGACUUUGGCCGAUUCUCUCGACUUCGCAAAUCGAAUGUGACGAUGAAACAAGGGACCUUCCAAUCGAAGGCUGUAGGGACACGAGAGUCCUUUGAAUUGAUUGGAUUAGAAGGGAGAAUACCUUUUGAUAUGUUCCAAGUGAUUCAACGGGACUAUAAAUUGAGGAGCUACACACUCAAUUUUGUCUCGUCGAAUUUCUUAGGCGAUCAGAAGGAAGAUGUGCACUAUAGUGAUAUAGCAGAUCUCCAUAAUGGAAGUCCAGAUGACAGAAAUCGAAUUGCAGUGUAUUGCUUGAAAGAUACAUAUCUGCCGAUUCGACUGAUUAAGAAGUUGAUGAGUCUUGUCAAUGGAGUAGAAAUGUGUAGAGUCACUGGAAUACCUUUGAGUUACUUACUUCCUCGUGGACAACAAGUGAAAGUGAUAACUCAGUUGUAUCGCCACGCAAAUGAUAAACACUUUUUAAUACCCUUUUACCAACGCCCCAGUGGGGAGGGGGACAAAUACGUUGGUGCGACUGUUAUUAACCCAAUUAAAGGGUUCUAUAGAGACCCGAUCUCCGUGCUGGACUUCUCCAGUCUGUACCCGUCCAUUAUGAUCUCACACAAUUUGUGCUACUCGACACUAAUCGAAGGCGUGAAGACUCGCGUUGAUGUGAAGAAUAUAGAAGAUCUGAAGACCUCGGGGGAGCAGAGUGAUAAGAACGCAUAUGACCAAAUCGUCAAGAAAUGCCUUGAAAAGCAUUUAAGUCUGGACGACGUCGAAUUGUCACCAAAUGGAGACUUGUUUGUGAGAAGCAACAAACAGAAGGGCAUUCUCCCGGAGAUUCUAGAGAAUCUGCUGGCUGCGCGAAAGCAGGCGAAGAAGGAUAUGGCGGCGGAGAAGGACGAGUUCAAGAUUAAAGUGCUGAAUGGGCGGCAACUGGCGUUAAAGAUAUCGGCAAAUUCGGUGUAUGGGUUUACUGGGGCGCAAGUCGGUAAACUUCCAUGUAUGCAGAUAGCUUCAUCCGUGACGUCGUAUGGACGUACGAUGAUCGAGUUAACAAAAAACACCGUUGAGACGCAUUAUUCGAUCAAGAAUGGGUUUGCGUAUGAUGCGAAAGUGGUGUAUGGAGACACGGACUCGGUGAUGGUGAAGUUUGGGACGUCAGACUUGAAAGAGGCGAUUCGUGUUGGGAAGGAGGCUGCGGAGUAUGUCACGUCGAAGUUUCCGAAGCCGAUCAAUUUAGAGUUUGAGAAGGUCUUUUGGCCGUAUUUGUUAAUCUCGAAGAAGAGGUAUGCUGGAGUCUUCUGGUGUAAUGCGGAGAAAUAUGAUCAUUUAGAUACGAAAGGGAUAGAGACGGUACGCCGCGAUAACUGUAUGUUAGUGAAGUAUGUCAUUGAGAGGUGUUUAGACUUAAUUCUGCUUGAUAAGGAGAAGGACAAUAUCACUCGAGCAGUACAAUUUGUGAAGGAUACGAUCCGGGAGUUAUUACAAAACAAAUUGGACUUGUCGAUGUUGAUCAUUUCAAAGACGUUAUCAAAAGAGUCGUAUGCUGCGAAGCAAGCGCAUGUGGAAUUAGCGAAUCGGAUGAGGGAAAGAGAUAAGAGUGUCUUAAUUAAUUUAGGAGAUCGAAUUCCAUAUGUCAUAGUGAAGUCCACAAAAGAGGCGCGAGCAUAUGAGAAGGCGGAAGAUCCAAUGUACGUGUUACAGAAGGACAUUCCGAUUGAUUUUGAAUAUUAUAUUGAAAAUCAAAUGAGGAAACCAUUAACAAGGAUCUUCAGACCAAUUCUUGGAGAUAAAGUCAACGAAUUGUUUGAAGGAGAACACACCAGAUUUGUCGUACAAACAACUCCCGUCGAAGCGUCACCACUCGGGAAAUUCAUUGUGAAACAAAAGAGAUGCGUCGAGUGCAGAGCAGUUGUCAAAGGAAGUGGCGUCUUGUGCGAAAAUUGUAAACAGAAGACGGGAGAGAUAUUAGUAAAGAAGAUGAAGGACGUCAGAGAAAGCGAAUUGGAGUAUAACGCUAUUAUGACCCAAUGCCAGGACUGUAUGAUCUCCCACCACAGAGAUAUCAUUUGCGGGAACCGUGACUGCCCGAUUUUCUAUAUGAGAACAAAAGUGGAAAAGGCUAUUAAACAGAAGAGAGCGAUGAUUGAAGACUUUGACUGGUAA